AUGGCGGACACGAAGGCCGAACCCACGGUCCAACAUGAAGACAAGCAGCGUUCCGAACAGCUUGAGGACGUGAAUGUCGCAGCUGCGGCCGCGCUUCCAACAACUGCGGUCAACGACAAGCUCACAUUCGCUGAUUUCUGGGACAACAAGCGCGUUUUGGGUUUCUGUUUGAUGAUUUACCUUCUGCCGAUUAAUUUCGGAUAUGAAGUCACCACGAUCGGGAAAUUGCUCGCAGUCACACCCUUUGCUAAAAGAUUUGGUCACGAAGUCGGCGGAAAAUGGGUUGUCGCAGCCCGCGACCAACAAAUUCUCAACGCCGGCGGUACAAUCGGUAUUUUCGUCUCGGCAUUCGCAACAGGCAUCGUCAGCGACUUCAUCGGCCGCAAGCGAACCAUCAUCAUCGCCUGCUUCAUCUGCGUGGGUGGUAUCAUCCUCCAAUACUUCAGCACGACCGUUCUCAUGUUGUUCGGCGGCAAGACCGUUGCCACUUUCGGAUUCGGUCUGGGCCAUUCGCUAGGCCCGGUGUUUGUUGCUGAGCUGGCCCCGGUCAAGAUGCGUGGUGUGUGCCUCGUGUUGGUCAACACGAUGAUCACUAUCGGCCAGUGGCUCAACUCAGUGACGGUGCUGGGGACUUAUCCCCCCGGCCUGCUUCUCCUUGGUCUUCCUUUCCUUCCGGAGUCCCCGAGUUGGCUCCUCAUCAAGGGCCGCCGGGAGGAGGCAGCCAACUCAUACCGACGAUUCAACGGACCCAAGUUUGAUGUUGAUGGGGCUAUGGCUGUAGCAACAGUUGCCAUUGCCAAAGAGCAGGAGGCCAAGAAGGAGCAAGAGUCCAGCCGCUGGCUUGAUUGCUUCAAGGGCUCGAACGGGCGCCGCACUCUCAUCAUUGUCAUGGUGUAUCUCGCGCAACAGGCGAUCGGCGUGAAUUUUGUUAGCGGUUAUUUGACGUAUUACUUCCGUCUUGCCGGAGUCAACAACCCCUUGGCGAUCGGCCAAGCCGCCUACGCGAUCCAGUUUGUCGGUAACAUGACAUCAUGGCCGCUGGUCGACAGAUACGGACGACGUCCCUUGAUCGUUGGCGGUGUCUGUACAAUGACCGCUCUUCUGCUCCUUAUCGGCGGCAUCAGCACCAUCGGCACUCAAACAUCUCUGUCAGCGACAGUGGCUUUCAUGGUGAUCUGGGGAUACUUGUACCAGGCGACGCUUGGCGCCGUUGCGUACUCUGUCGGCGGCGAAACUGCGAGUGUGCAACUCCGUCAAAAAACCUACAGCAUCAACAUCAUGUGCUCGACUGCGGCGUCUUGCCUGGUGCAGCAGGUGAUGCCCUAUUUGAUUAACACGGAUCAACUUAACCUGGGCGGGAAGGUCUGCUUCAUCUUUUUCGGCCUGUCUCUGCCCAUGUGCGUCUGGCUCUACUUCUACUUCCCCGAGAUGAAGGGUCGCAAUUACGCUGAAAUCCAAGAGAUGUUCAGCAACAACGUGCCGGCGCGCAAGUUCAAGACGUACGUGUGCGAAGUCAGCGCCGGGGGCCAGGCACAGGAGAAGAAGCUGCAAGAGGAGGAGGCAUGA